AAAUAUGUCCGGCCUAUCUUAAAAAAAUAUGCGCGGUCUAUCUUAAACCCUAUAAACCCGCGGCAUCACGAACGUUGAUGCCACUGAAACAGUGAAACUGCUCACUGAUCUCUGAAAGUUCAGCUUCUCCAUUUUAGCACUCUCUCGCAAUGUACAGAGCUGCAUUCUCCAUUGCUUCAGCCUUCAGGUCAUCUUGUUCAAGAAAACAGAUAGUUAGCAGGGUUAUAUCCAGCAGAAAUUAUGCUGCCAAGGAUAUCAGUUUUGGAACAAAGGCUCGAAUGGCCAUGUUACAAGGUGUUAAUGAGCUUGCAGAAGCUGUGAAGGUUACGAUGGGACCUAAGGGCCGUAAUGUGAUUAUUGAGAGCAGUGGGGGAAAACCAAAGGUGACAAAGGAUGGUGUCACAGUAGCCAAAAGUAUUAACUUGAAGGAAAAGGCAAAGAAUGUUGGUGCAGAACUUGUGAAGCAGGUUGCUAAUGCUACUAAUUCUGUUGCUGGAGAUGGUACCACUUGUGCUACUGUGCUAACUCAGUCGAUAUACACUGAAGGCUGUAAAGCGGUAGCUGCUGGUGUUAAUGUAAUGGACUUGCGUAUUGGAAUUAAUAUGGCUGUCGAUGCUGUAAUUGCUGACCUGAAGAGCAGAGCGGUUAUUAUUACCACCCCUGAAGAGAUUUCACAGGUUGCAACUAUAUCUGCAAAUGGCGAGAGGGAAAUAGGAGAACUAAUAGCACAGGCAAUGGAGAAAGUAGGCAAGGAUGGAGUCAUUACUGUUGCUGACGGGAAUACCAUGGAUAAUGAGUUGGAAGUCGUGGAAGGGAUGAAGCUUUCUCGUGGUUAUAUAUCCCCUUAUUUUGUCACGAAUGUGAAGGCUCAGAAAUGUGAACUGGAAAACCCUUUGAUCCUUAUUCAUGAGAAAAAGAUCUCUGACCUGUACUCAGUUAUGAAAGUGUUGGAGAAGGCUGUGGAGAAAAGAAGAGCAUUGCUGAUUGUUGCUGAAGAUCUGGAGAGCGAUGCUUUAACAAUGUUAAUUCUCAACAAACAUAAAGCAGGGGUUAAGGUUUGUGCAAUCAAAUCUCCUGGUUUUGGGGAUAACAGAAGAGCCAACAUGGAGGACCUUGCAAUACUUACUGGAGGGCAGGUUAUUAGUGAGGAGCGAGGCUUAACCCUUGACAAAGUUACACUUGAUAUGCUUGGAACUGCAAAAAAGGUCACAGUGUCUGUUGAUGACACAAUAGUGUUACAUGGAGGUGGGGACAAGAAGCUAAUUGAAGAAAGAUGCGAGGAGCUACGGGCUGCCAUGAAUAAGCGUGGUCCCAUGUUUGAUAAAGAGAAAGCACAUGAGCGAUUGUCUAAGCUAUCUGGUGGUGUUGCUGUUUUUAAGGUAGGAGGGGUAAGUGAGGCUGAAGUUGGAGAAAGGAAGGACAGGGUUACAGAUGCUUUGAAUGCAACCAAGGCUGCUGUGGAAGAGGGAAUUGUUGCUGGUGGUGGCGCUGCGCUCUUACAUGCAACAAGGGUUCUGAAAAAACUUGAGACUGCAAACGAAAGUCAAAGAAGAGGAGUUCAGAUAAUUGAAAACGCUCUUAGGGCACCUGCUUUCACAAUAGCUUCAAAUGCUGGUGUAGAUGGUUCUUUGGUUGUUGGCAAGCUUUUGGAACAGGACAACCUUAAUUUUGGAUAUGAUGCAGUCAAAGAUCAAUAUGUGGACAUGGUAAAUGAAGGAAUUAUGGAUCCUCUCAAAGUGAUUAGAACAGCGUUGGAGGAUUCCGCCAGUGUCUCACUACUACUGACCACAACCGAUGCAGCUAUUGUAGACCAUCAAGGAGAGAAAAUCCCUUUUGCUAAGCGCAGGCCAAACAUCAGAUAUUAAGUUACUAUUGUCAUUAACUACACCAUAUCAUUGAGCUCUUACUAAUUUUAUUUAUUGUGGGAAGUGAAAGAUGUAAUAAAGCAAAAUGAUUCAUCAUGAGUCAUUCAGAAACAAUUUCUCUACGCUUUACUACAAGGCUAAGGUUAUGUACAUUCAACAUCUCCUUAAGUGCUGAGUCUUUGCAGCACUGGGGUAAUGUUGUUGUUGGGAAGUGAAAGAUGUAAAUCUGUAGCUGUUGACCCAACAACGCUUCUAGUGGCCUUAAGGUGACACUUUUAGUUGUGAGACUUCAUAUGACUAUAAUCCUAUAUGAGUAUAAUACUUAACCUUACAUGUUAAAAAAAAGCGCUUAAGAAAAAUAGUGGCAUUUGC